AUGCGUAUAUUAUCUUUUUACUUGCCCUUCUUUUCAACUCUUUUCAUUAGUUAUGUUAUAGGGUUUGAAUUUUUAAAUGAUAUAAACUGUGCCGAACUGAAUUCACAGAAUAAAGAAAUACUAUACAGUUAUGAUUGGAUUAUUAAAAAUUUUCAAGACUUUUACCAAGAAUUACCUAGUUUUAUUCAGAGUGAACGGUUUUAUUCUCCUGUGCCGAGCCAUUUGCAAUAUAUUCAAGGCAAUUAUUUUGAAUGGCGACUUUAUAUAAAUCCAGUUGAUGGCUAUAUUCGGAGUCACCUCUCUAUAGGUUUAACCGCCAUACAAACAGAUUUUGAAAACAAAAAUAUCAUUGAUUUGAAAGAACGUAGUGCAGAUCAUUACUUUGAACUAUUUGUAAAUUAUAAUAGAAUUGAGAAAUAUAUAUCCGUAGGGAAAAGUCCAAGGUUCAAUUCUUUUUCAACUACUAAAUAUGGCGUAUCAUCGGAAAUUUCCAAACUUAUUGAAACCGCAAAAAUGUUUCCAGGCGAUCACAAAAAGAUCAAAGCGGAUUUGAUGGUUCGAGUUAAUUUUUAUAAAAUUGAAAAUAAUUCGGUACCAUCGCCAAUUACAAUUAAUUCAUUCGAACAGUAUUUUAACGAUGAUGUUUUCAGUGACAUCACAUUUACGUUUGAUGGUAAUUUUACAAUCAAAGCAUCUAGUAUAUUCCUUGCUACAAAAUCUUUACACUUUAAAAAAUUAUUAAAGGAUAUAAGGAAAGACGCCAGUAAGAUAAUUAUUAAUAUGGACGGAGUUGCUUAUAAUAGUUUUUAUAGAUUAUUGUAUUACAUUUAUACUGGAAAACUGGAUGACAAUUUAAGUUUUGAGGAAUUAUUGGAUUUAUAUAAUGAAACUAUUUCAAGAGAAAUUCAUGAUUUGAAACAAUUACUUAGUUGUAGAAUUAUCAAUUUUGUAGAUGAGAACAAUUUGGAUACCUUAUUUACUUUGGGAUUUACAACAAAAAAUAAUGUGUUAAAGAAUGCCGUUUUGAAAUUUUCUGCUAUGAGCCAUACCAAUGGUCAUAUAAAUACAAAUAGUCAUAUAAAUACAAAAAGUUAUGCAGAUAUAAAUACAAAUAGCUAUACAAAUGAUCAUAUAGAUAGUCUUACAACUGAUCAUAUAAAUACAAAUAGUCAUACAAGUGAUCAUAUAAAUACAAAAAGUCAUACAAGUGAUCAUAUAAAUACAAAAAGUUAUACAGAUAUAAAUACAGAUAGUUAUACAAUUGAUCAUAUUAAUACAAAAAGUCAUACAAAUAGUCAUAUAAAUACA